UCAUUCUCUAUCAACAAAACAAAACAAAACGAAAACACUUUCUUCUCUCUUUACAAUUAAUCACUUUUUUCAAUUCCCAAAACCAAACAAUGCCUUCUUUCCCAGAAGAACCUCUUCUCGCUCCAAACCCAGACCGAUUCUGUAUGUUCCCAAUCCAAUACCCAAAAAUCUGGGAAAUGUACAAAAAAGCCGAAGCCUCUUUCUGGACCGCCGAAGAAGUCGAUCUUUCCUCCGAUCUUCAACACUGGAACAACCUCACCGACGGCGAACGCCACUUCAUCUCUCACAUCCUCGCCUUCUUCGCCGCCUCCGACGGUAUCGUCCUCGAAAAUCUCGCCGGAAGAUUCAUGAAAGAAGUUCAAAUCUCUGAAGCGCGUGCUUUCUACGGGUUUCAAAUCGCUAUUGAAAACAUCCACUCAGAGAUGUAUUCUCUUCUCCUCGAAACGUAUAUAAGCGAUUCUGCUGAAAAGAAUCGAUUAUUUCACGCAAUUGACACAAUUCCGUGUAUUGCUAAGAAAGCUGAUUGGGCUUUGAAAUGGAUCGAUUCAAGCGAUUCUUUUGCAGAAAGAAUCGUUGCUUUCGCUUGUGUUGAAGGAAUUUUCUUCUCCGGAAGCUUCUGUGCGAUUUUCUGGUUGAAAAAACGCGGUUUAAUGCCGGGAUUAACUUUCUCAAACGAGCUUAUUUCACGCGACGAAGGCUUACACUGUGAUUUUGCUUGUUUGUUAUACUCGCUAUUGCGUCAGAAACUGAGUACAGAGCGCGUGGUGAAGAUUGUUCGUGAUGCGGUUGAGAUUGAAAGGGAGUUUGUAUGCGACGCGCUUCCUUGCGCGUUGGUUGGGAUGAACGGUGAAUUGAUGAGUCAGUAUAUUGAGUUUGUUGCUGAUAGGUUAUUGGGUGAGCUUGGUUGUGAGAAAGUUUAUAAUGUUCAGAAUCCAUUUGAUUGGAUGGAUUUGAUUUCGCUUCAGGGGAAAACCAAUUUCUUUGAGAAGCGCGUUGGGGAGUAUCAGAAAGCUUCUGUUAUGAAUGGUGGUGCUGAUUAUUGCUUUACUUUGGAUGAGGAUUUUUAGAUUAAGAAGAAAUUAGGGUGUAUCUAUCUACUAAACUUGUUUAAUUAAUUCUUUAGGGUUAUGUUUAUGUGUUUCUGUCAUAAUUUAAAUGGUUAAGUUGUUCUGUCUCUUAGUUUUAUCUUCUUAAUGUUUCAUGUAUAAAUUUUGUUUCAAAGUUUAAUGAAAUUUUGUUCUUCUGUCAAAA